AUGAAUAUAAAUAAUAAUAUUAUAGUUAGUUUUAUUCAUUAUACUCUUCCAUGGCUUCUUUUAACACUAUAUAUUACAGCUUCAAUAACAUCAAGAAAACAUAAAAAAAAACAAAAUAUUUCAUUAUUACUCCAAACUAUUUCAACUUUUUUAAUUUUAUUAACAUUUAUUGGAGAUUCAAUAUUGUUUUUAAUUUAUAUAUUAAUUAAACAAGAUUGGUGGGUUGCGCAAUCUACAGUAGUAUUAAGAAAACCAACACUAGAUACAGAAGAGACUUCACCUUUAUUUGAGCAAAAUCAAACCUAUGAAGAUGAUGAAUUAUCAGAUAUUAAGAAUUAUUUAUGGGAUUUAAAGACAAAAUAUACUUUAAAUGAAAAAUCAUGGAAUAAAUGGUGGGAGUACAUUAAAAAGUUUACAUUGUUUUUUCCAUAUAUUUGGCCUACAAAUGUUUUAUCACUAAAAAUUAUAAUUUUUUUCUGUUUUGCUCUUUUACUUAUUUCAAGAUAUGUGAACAUUUUAACACCGCAACAGCUAGGGAUCAUUACUGAUAAACUUGUUACUAAUACAGAUAACAAAGAAAAUAUUUGGAUAUACGUUCUUGUUUUUAUGUUUUAUAAAUUUUUGCAAGGAAAUAUGGGCUUAGUAUCUUCCAUUAGAUCUCAUCUUUGGAUACCAAUUAAUCAACAUGCCUAUAGAAAUCUUUCUGUAAAGGCUUUUGAGCAUAUUCAUGCUCUUUCAUUGGAUUUUCAUUUAUCAAAAAAAACAGGAGAAAUUAUGAGUGCAUUGGAUCAUGGUUCUUCUAUAAAUACUUUUUUCGACCUCAUUAUAUUUCAAGUUUUACCAGUAAUUAUUGACAUUUUUAUUGCUAUUAUAUACUUUUUUGUUAAUUUUGAUGCAUAUUUUGCUCUUAUUAUUAUGAUUAUGACAAUUUCUUAUAUUUAUAUAACGAUAAAAAUUACAGAAUGGAGAACAGAGUAUCGGCGAGACAUGAUCAGCAAACAUAGAGAAGAAUAUUCAAUAAAGUGUGACUCUAUAACUAACUAUGAGACUGUAAAGUAUUUUAAUGCAGAAUAUUUUGAAUUUAAUCGUCAUGAAAAUGCAGUUAAAACAUAUCAAAAAGCUGAAUACAAUGUACUAAGUUCUUUAAAUUUUCUAAAUACAAUACAAAAUACAAUAUAUACAAUUGGUCUCCUUUCUAUAGCAUUCCUCUCUGCAUAUAAAGUUAUUAAAAAUCAAACUUCAGUAGGAAAUUUUGUAUCUUUAUUAACGUACAUGACUCAAUUACAAGGACCAUUAAAUUAUUUUGGAAGUCUUUAUAGAUCUCUACAAUCAAGUUUUGUAGAUGCAGAAAGAAUGUUGGAACUAUUUAAUGAAAAGCCUUCAGUUUCUGAUAAACCUGAUGCUAUUGAUUUAAAAAUAACACACGGAGAAGUUAUAUUUGAUAAUGUUCAUUUUUCCUAUGACAAUAAAAAAACUGCUCUAAAAGCAUUAAGUUUUCAUGCAAAAGCUGGCACAUCAGUAGCUUUAGUAGGAGAAAGCGGGUCUGGAAAAACAACAGUACUUAGAUGUUUAUUUAAAUUCUUUAAUAUUCACUCUGGCACAAUUAAAAUUGAUGGACAGAAUAUUCAUGACGUGAAACUUAAUUCUCUUAGAAAAAAUAUAGGAAUUGUUCCACAAGAUACAGUUCUUUUCAAUGAUACUAUUAUGUUUAAUAUUCGUUAUGCAAAACCUGAUGCAUCAGACGAAGAAGUUUUCGAAGCAGCGCGCAUGGCACAAAUUCAUGACAAAAUUAUGACAUGGCCUGAUAAAUAUGAUACGAAAGUAGGAGAAAGAGGAUUACGUUUGAGCGGAGGAGAAAAACAAAGGAUUGCAAUAGCACGAACAAUUUUAAAGAAUCCUAAAAUAAUUCUAUUAGAUGAAGCAACAUCUGCUCUUGAUACACAUACAGAAAGACAAGUUCAAGUUGCACUAAAAAAAUUAACGGAAGGUCGUACCACUAUUUGUAUCGCUCACAGACUUUCUACUAUUAUAUCAUGUGAUCUUAUUCUUUGUAUGAAAGACGGGUCUAUAGUAGAAAGUGGUACACACGAAGAACUUUUAGAUCAGACAAAAAAAUUAAGCAAGAAUUGUCUAUAUUAUUCUAUGUGGCAAAAACAAAUUCAUGGAGAUAAAAAUUCAGAAGAAAAUGAUAAAAGAGAUAAAUAA